AUGGAUGAUUCAUUACAUGAUAUAGAUAAUUUUAAUAAUGAUAAUCAUGAUAAAAUAAACCAUAUAGAACUCAAUAUGUCAGAUAUUUCAAAUAAUAACUCACCAAUAAAUACAACCACAGAAUUAGAUGAACAAGAAGAAUUAAUAAUAUCAAGAUUAAAUAACAUGAAUGAAGAUCAAUUAAAAGAAUUAAUAACAUCACAAAUAGAUCUAGAAAUAAGAUUAAAACAUCAAGAAUUAAACGUGAAUGAUUAUGAAAUAUCCAAAAUGGAAGCACAAUUAUUAAUGCUACGAAAAUUUCUUGAAUUACCUCAAGAUACUGAAAAUGAAUUAACUAUGAGAUAUUAUAAAAUUUUAAAUGAUGGAUUAAUUGCUACUUAUUCAAAAUUUAAACAAAUACCUGAAGAUCAAUUACCUAUUCAACCUAAAAAACAAAAUAGAGAUGAAAUUCCUUUUUUUGAUAAACAUCCAAUUAUACCUGGUGAAGAAACACAUGGAUAUCGUACUAGAUCAACUACUUCAAGUUUACGUCCAAGUGCAACUAGUUCAACUACAUUAGGUAAAACCGCUAAUCUUGGUUGUUUGUAUCGAAGAACAGAUGGUGUUAUUGUUCGUUUAAAAUGUCCUGUUUGUCAAAGAAUAAAUUUUUCAUCUGCUCAAGGGUUUUUAAAUCAUAGUAGAAUAGCACAUUCAACUGAAUAUUCAAGUCAAGAUGCUGCUGCUUUAAAAUGUGGUGAAAUAUUACCGGAAAUAAAACAAGAUUCAAUUGGUCAAGCCUCAAUUACAAUCAUACUUCAAAAAGGUUUAGAUCCAAAUAAAAGUUUAAGUACUGAUGAUUCUAUAUAUGGAGUUGAAGAAAUACCAAUACGUGAAUUCAAAGAAAUACCAAAAGAAGUCGUAAAAGAAGAGAUUGUGAAACCCAAAGUAAAUCAUGAGUUAUAUAAGAAGUUACUUAAAGACAAGAAGAUGUCAAAAGAAGAAUAUGAUAAAUUAAUUAACGAUGCAAUUGAGCCAAUAGAUAAUUCCCACUUAUUUGAUGAUGAAGAAGAAGAAAUUGAAGAAACAAGUGGUGCUAGUUCAAGACAACCAAGUUUAGUUAUAACAAUACCCAAUUUAAAAAGAAGAGUAAGUAGAGGUGGUAUAAAUAUCCCCCAAGAAACAAAGCGAAAGAAGUAG